CAAACAAAACAAACAUGAAACCCAACUACUCAAUCUUCAUAUUCAAGCUUCUCCUCUUGCAAUAUCUAUCAUCCCAGCUUUGUCUUUCUCAGGAUUUCGAUUUCUUCUACUUUGUUCAGCAGUGGCCGGGAGCAUAUUGCGAUACAAAGCAACAACGGUGUUGCUAUCCUAAAACAGGAAGGCCUGCUGCAGAUUUUGGUAUUCAUGGCCUUUGGCCUAAUUACAAAGAUGGAAGCUACCCGUCCAACUGCGAUCACAAUAGCGUUUUCGACCGAACCCAGAUUUCAGAUGUAUUAAGCAGCAUGGAAAAGCAUUGGCCAUCAUUGAGUUGUCCAAGCAGCAAUGGGUUAAGAUUUUGGUCACACGAAUGGGAGAAGCAUGGCACGUGCUCUGAGUCCGAACUAGACCAGAGAGAAUAUUUUGAAGCAGCUGUUAAACUCAAGGAGAAGGCCAAUCUCCUCAAACUCCUUAAUAAUGCGGGAAUUGAAGCAAAUGAUGAGUUUUACAGUUUGGAGAGCGUAAGAAAUGCCAUAGAAGAAGGGAUUGGGUUUACUCCUGGGAUUCAAUGUAAUAAAAAUUCAGCUGGCAAUGCUCAACUUUACCAAAUUUAUUUAUGUGUUGAUACUUCUGGUUCUCAGUUCAUCAAAUGUCCAAUUCUUCCCAAGCCAAAAUGUCCUUCCACUAUCCAAUUCCCCAAGUUUUAAUUUAAUCGCUUUAAUUCAUUUCUAGCUACAUUAAUUUUACAUUUUUUUUUAAUUCCCUUGUAAUUUCAUUCGCUAAUUAUCCCUUAUGUUUAGCUUUAUGGAUUAUAACCAGCAAUCAUUUGCUUGCUAAUAAAAUUAAUCACUUUGAUUCA